AAAAAAGAUGGAAUGGAUUUUACUGUGAAACAUUUUGCUGGAAAUGUCAAAUAUUCUUCAGAUGGAUUUUUGGACAAAAAUAAAGAUACAGUUUUUGAAGAUCUAGUUAAUGUAUUAAGAAAUGGGAAAAGGAUGCCACAUACCGACAGAUUUAAAAGGUUCCAGUCCCUGUUGUGACUUCAAUACAUUUAUAUACAAUAUUAUAUAACAUAAGCAUAACAUAAAAAGUCCAUUUGCAUAGGGAGUGAGAGAUCGCUCUUCUCUCUUCCUCAUUAAUAAAACCUCUUGCGUUGUAUACAUAACAUGGCCAUUCUUCUAUUAUCUAUUGGUACAACGUACUCUUAAGGAUAAAGACCAUAAUAUGUAAUAUUAUUAUUUCAUAAUGAUUUAUACCAUUGUAUUUGGCUGUCGUGUAGAAUUUCAGAAGCGGACGGCAAGCCGUGAGAAACAGUACACGUACAUAACCGCCACGUGUACUGUUUCUCAAUUAACGAGGAACAAUUGCCGAUACUGCCGGUGGAA